CCGUCCCGCCUUCUCUGGCUUCAGGAAUGAUUGCAUUGGCUGACAAAUAAUCACCUGAGGCAGCCAGGCAACUUAAAAAGAGCCCCGCCCGCCUGCCGGGGUGUCGUGUAUAGACUCUGCUCUGCCGCGCCUGGAAUGACUGAGAAAAAGAGAGAGCGCAAAGCUUUAUUCAAAAAUGAAAUGUGCUGGGAUGGAAGCCUGAAGGAAAUCAAGAUUGCUACCAUGGAAGGCCUUAUGCUAGAUGAGAACUCCUGCUGACAACACCCCUGGAAGACCCCCUGGACCUGGAGAAGACCCGCCGUCAAGGGCCCACUCCCAAAGGCUGCAAUUAGCAGAAGACUGGCACAGCCCUGCCUGCCACAGGCCGCAAGGAAGAAAACACGCCCCCAGUAGCUCAGAGGACGUUUCAAGGCAAGGACUGCAACUCCCGACACACUUUGCAGUGACCCCUGUCUACAAUUCCUCCUUUCCUUCCAGCGCAGUGCAAUGUGGAGCCUGAAGUCUAGGGAGGCUACGGCCGUGGGGCUUUGCAGUUAGUGGCUCUACUUCUUCGCGGAAGGAGAACGUGUGCCUUCCUCUUUCUACCUCUUCUCAAGCGGCGUCCGCCAAGGGGUGGGAAGAUGGUGUAGGAGGCUCGGGGGAUGGAGCAGAACGUGGAGGACGGAGAGAUUUCGGACUCGGACUGCGAAAUGCCCGUCUCCGCUGCUGCCAGGAGCCCCCAGCAGAAACAGCUUGAUAGCAACGCUGCGGCCAGAUCCUUCCCAAGCAGCGUUUCACCCUGUGCACCUAGUGUCCCUUAUCGGACUACAAAAAGUGUGGACUCUAGUGAUGAGAGCUUCUCAGAUUCAGAUGAAGACAGCUGUCUAUGGAAGCGAAAGCGACAGAAGUGUUCUAACCUCCCUCCCCCUAAACCAGAUCCUUUUCCGUUUGGCCACAACCCCCAGAAACAGAUGACUUUAGGGAGUAAAAAGAUCAACAACAUCUGGGGUGCUGUACUUCAGGAGCAGAAUCAAGACGCAGUGGCCUCAGAACUUGGGAUUCUAGGAAUGGAGGGUAGCAUUGACAGAAGCAGGGCCUCAGAGACCUACAAUUACUUGCUGGCAAAGAAACUGAUGAAAGAAUCUGGCUCAGAAGUGGUUGAAUCAUUAAACAAAGAAUUAGAUGAAUAUAUGCAGGAUGACAAAAAGACAGUACUAAAAGAGGAAGAGGAGGAAGAAGAGCAGAAUGGGCAAGGUCUUUUGAAACGGAAACGGCCUGCUAAGGAAAGAUUGGGUGAAAGACAAGAAAUGAAUUAUAAAGGGAGGUAUGAAGUUACUGAAGAAGAUCCUGAGGAAAAAGUGUCGGAUGAAAUUGCCUACCGGCUUUGUGAACCAAAGAAGGAUCUGAUUGUGCGGGUAGUAAAAACCAUUGGAAAGAAGAAAGCUAUUGAACUACUGAUGGAAACUGCAGAAGUGGAACAAAAUGGAGGCCUUUUCAUAGUGAAUGGUACUAGAAGAAGAACACCAGGAGGCGUUUACUUAAACCUAUUGAAGAACACACCAAGUAUAACUGGAGAACAAAUCAAGGACAUCUUCUAUAUUGAAAACCAAAAGGAGUAUGAGAACAAAAAAGCGGCAAAGAAGAGAAGAAUUCAAGUCCUGGGUAAAAAGAUGAAGAAAGCUAUUAAAGGGCUCAACCUUCAGGAAUACGAUGAUGCCUCUCGUGAGACUUUUGCUAGUGAUACAAAUGAGGCAUUGGCUUCUCUGGAAGAUUUGCAGGAAGGACACAGUGAAAUGAAACUGGACCCAGAGGAUGCUAUUGAAAUUGAUAACACUCAUGAUUUAGACAUCUUUUAAUAUACUGGAUACUUGAGAGACCAUAUCUUUGGGAAACAUAUUAAAUAGCUGUUUUUUAUAUGAUGAUUAUUUGUUUUCGAUAGUUGCAAUAGUAUCUAUUAUGUCAAUCACUUGUAUGCUGAAGAAGGCCUUCUGCAUUUCAGUCAACAUUAGUUACUUCAGUUUUCAUUAUGCUUCAGGUCAAUAUUUUUAGACUUGUCCAUUUUUUGGCUACGUAAUUUCUCAUUCAACACUUGUUAGGUCAUGUUCACUCACCCCAGGGUUAGUUUGAGAUAGGAGCAGAACUGAGUGCUCUCAUUCUAGAGUAAUCUCUUAGUUGUGGGGAAGCACCUAACCAAGGUGAUAUGCAACAAUGUGAUAGAUUGCACUCUAAAAUGUAUUCUAGCAUGGAAGCAGUUUGCAUGAAUAUGGCCUUGGCUGGUGAGAUUGGGAUCAUAGCUUUGGACCAUUGUUUAGAUUCGGUAUUCAGAAUCUUGAUUUGGUAUUCAGAACCUUAGAGCACUAAUAACAGGAAGGAAUAUAAUGUUGAGAUAUUCGCUAUUUCUCUCUAAAGACCACACUCUAAACUUGUGUACUGUUUCAAUAACAAUUGUAUCUUUACAGAACUAAUCUAGGAAAUCUUCUAAUACUGAAUCACUAAUAAAAACAAAGCACCUUUUCCAAAAGGCUAGUACUCUCCUGCUGUACCAAGUUAUGGGUGCUUAAGUGCUACUUAAAUUAGUUGAAUACAGUGUAACUGGGUACAGAAUCUCAGCCCCCACGGGGUUUUUUAAAUUAUCUUAUCUGUUGCUCUUUCAAAAUUAAUCUUUUUGUUUUGCCUCAUUGUCUUUGGGGACAAGUUUUGAGUUGCGAACUUGAGCUGCAGUGUUGAGUUGUCCACAAGUGUGGGUGGACAUUAUAGUUUAUGGAGUGGUGGCGGGGAGCUCAUCUGGUAACCUUUCUAGGCUAAUCCUUUGGACUUCUAUUGAUAUAUUGGUAUGAAUACCCAACUAUCACAAAAGGGCUGUUGAGGUUUCAGCUGCAAUUCACUAAUGGAUUACAAAGUGUUUAAAAGCUUGAUGUAUAGGUCAAUCAUGUUGGGAAGUCUGUGGCACUAAAUUGACAAAUUAAUGGCCAAAUGCCAGCUUAACUUUUUUAUAAGUUGCUGACCAUUUAACAGCAAGUAUAACAUCUUAAACUAUUUAUGUAUAAUUAAACAAAUUGAUUUGAAACUACCAGUAGCUGAUUUUUAAAAAAUUCUAACGGCAGAAUACUGUGAUAUAGAAGAUGUCUUAAUAUGUUCCUACAUACGGAAUAUUCUUUUUGCAACCCUGAUUUAUUUUAGAGUUGACUGUCCAAGACAUUGGAUUAAAACUCCUGUCAAAUAGAGAAAUAAUGGUCGAUUUUUCCAGGUAAUAAAAGAUUUAGACAAUAUAGUAGAUAGGUUACAAUUAUCUUAAUAUGUAAAGCUGAGUUAUUUUAAAAACAACUCUAGUAUAGUUAAAGUUUAUCAUCCUGUUACAGUAAUCUUGGGAAGCUUGUUUCCAUUUACUGAGAAACUGGGUAUUGUACCAUUCUAAUUCUUAACGUUCUGAGGCUACAAUCCUCUGGAAAUGUACUUGGAAGCAAAUCUUGUUGAAUGCGGUAGGACUUAGUUCUGAGUAUACAUGCAUAAGAGACUUUGUUUUAAGUUUUCUUGGUUAAUAGCAGCCAGAUGGGGACUCCUCCGUUACAGUCCCAGUCCAAAUCCUUACCCUCACCUUGUUGUAUGCUUUAAAAAUAAAAAAAAAGCUUCCAAUUAUGCCAGUUAACGCCCCCCCCCCCCGCCCGGUGGCAAAUGGCACAUUUGGGGGAACAAUCUGGAUUGGGAAGAUGGCAGAGGGGUGAGGUUAAAGCCCCUUUCUUUCUCACCACAGUCCCAGUCUGACUCCUGUUCAGUAAAGGAAAUUAAGGCACACUGGAGUCAGCAACAUACUUCAUGUCAUAUUUUAGUUUGUGAGCUGUCAGUGAACCAUCAUUAUGUUAGCAGGAUAUGUUUUCAGACAUUUCUUUGCCGUGGCCUUGUUCUAGGAAGGAAUUCCACUUGCAAAGAGCUCCACUUGCUGGGUACCCCAAGUCUAAGUAUCAGGCUGAGAAUAUUCGUUUUCCAGAUUGUGUUCAUAUCACUCUAGUGUGUAAUUUUCAAUUGUGUUGUUUGUUUUUUUUGCUUCAGAUUAUAAAAUUCACAUUAACCAAUAAUGCUAACCUUGAGAGUUGCCUGUCUACUGUUCUCUUCACACACACCCACACACACCACACACCACCAUUAUUUCCAAUGAUCUCAAAGGGAAGGAACAGUUAAAAUGGAUUACAAUACUUUAGUCAGAACUGUAGUACUAGGCAUGCAAGUAUCUCAUUUGUAAGACCUCUCAGAGAAGGACAAAGUGGAGUUGCACAUAUCUGUUUAAUUCUCAGUUGUAGAGUACAGAAAAUAAACAUUAGUUCUAAAGAC